UUUCGCAUCGACCAUGGUGGUUAGUACAUUCAUUGAGCAGAGCAGACCAAAAUCUCAUCCUCCAUCCAGAAAAUCUCACUCAUUCAACAUGAUAUCUCUUCUCACAUUCCGAGACGUCCUGGCGAUCCAACGCCGACAUCCCGAAAUCUCGAUCCAAACAUGCACCCUUUUGCCCGAGCUAGAGAACGAACGAGAGCUUUGAACGCCGCUAAAAUGGAUAGAAUCUUUGCAAAACCAUUCGUUGGCGCUUUGGAAGGACACGUGGAUGCUGUCGAGGUGUUAGCCAAGCAUCCCGACUCUGUGACGAAUAUUGCCAGUGGAAGCUGGGAUGGAGGAAUUCUCGUACAUCACUUAUCACAGCGUCAACAACUACUAAAACUACCACAAGCGCACAAAGGAAAGGUAUCUGGGCUUUGCUUCGCUGAUGAUUCCCGUCUAUUGAGUUGUGGCGUCGAUCGGAACGUGAAGAUAUGGAAAAUCGAUGGUGAUUCUGACCACCCACUCAGUGUUUUGCCUGGAAAGGCGGCUAUCAAUUCAAUAGAUCACCAAAGAUCCAGCCCUAUAUUCGCCACAGCCUCUAACCUUGUUCAUAUAUGGGAUGAAACCAAAACAGCUCCAAUAUCGAAUCUCACGUUUCCCGCCUCGACCGAAACCGUGACUGCCAUACGCUUCAAUCUAAGCGAGAGGUCGAUUCUAGCUAGUUUAGGCUCAGACCGGACGUUUGCACUCUAUGAUAUCCGGACCUCGAAACCCGAGCGUCGAGUCGUAAUGCAAAUGCGAGCAAAUUCUCUCUCUUGGUCGCCAACAAUGCCGACGUCGGUUCUUUUGGCUUCGGAGGAUCACAACCUAUACACCUUCGACAUUCGACAUCUUGCUGAACCUACCAUGAUCUAUAAAGGCCAUGUUGCAGCAGUGAUGAGCUGCGAUUGGUCCCCGACUGGGACAGAAUUUGUCUCCGGAGGUUGGGAUCGGACAGUGAGAAUAUGGCAGACAGGGCAAGGACACUCCCCAGAGGUAUACCAUACAAAAAGAAUGCAAAGAGUGACAGCGACUCUUGUGACAACGGACGCUCGAUUCGUCCUUUCUGGGUCCGACGAUGGGAACGUUCGAAUAUGGAAAACAAAGGCAUCUGAGAAGUUGGGCGUUGUCACCUCAAGAGAACGUGCCUCAAUGGAGUAUAGAAGCAGUCUGGUAAAUAGAUGGAAGGUCGACAAGGAGGUCGGAAAAAUUGCUCGCACACGACACUUGCCAAAACCUGUUUACUCUGCUUCCAAACUCAAGACCACGAUGCUUGAGGCAAGAAGGGUGAAGGAAGAGAGGCAGAGGAAGCACACAAGAAGUGGCGAGAGCAAGCCGAAGGCCGAGCGAAAGAAAGUUGUCUUGGUCGAACAAAGCUGA